CUUCUUCUUCGCUCAUUCUAACCCAGUCGGCGUACUGAGCGGAUCGGGAGGAAACCGAGCGAUCAGGACCAACAACGGCGACGAUUAAGUAGCGGACACGUCCGACUUUGAAAAUCACCGUAAAACAUUCGCUUGAAGGAGAAUUAUCUAUAUACCAUUUCCUAGUGACAUAAAAGGACUACUUUUUGGCAUUUACUUCUUGGGGAUUUUUGUUUUGGGCCGUAUCAGCUUUUAACUCCACCCGAACUGAGCCCCCACUCGCUUCUGUUUAAACUCAAAAUGGAGAACGGUGACGACAAAUACCUCCCCCAGCUCCUGGCAGAGAAGGACAGUCUGGACUCGUCUUUCACACAUGCUAUGAAACUUUUGGAAGCAGAAAUCGACAGGAUCCAGAAAGGCGAGUCGAAGAAUCCAGAGACGUACCUUGAUCUCUUCACAAACAAGUUCAUCAAACUCAAGGAGCGAGUCCUCAUACCUGUGAAACAGUACCCCAAGUUCAAUUUUGUGGGCAAGAUCCUGGGACCCCAAGGGAACACCAUCAAACGUCUGCAGGAAGAAACCGGAGCCAAGAUCUCAGUGCUGGGCAAGGGCUCGAUGAGAGACAAAGCAAAGGAGGAAGAGCUGAGGAACGGCGGAGAGCCAAAGUACUCCCACCUGUCCAUGGAGCUGCACGUGUUUGUCGAGGUGUACGCCCCCCUGCCCGAAGCCUACCUGCGGAUGGCCCACGCCAUGGAGGAAGUCAAAAAAUUCCUGUUUCCCGACGUGACAGACGAGAUCUGCCAAGAGCAGUUCAUGGAGCUGGGCUACCUCAAUGGAGGCCAAGAGCUCGGUGGCCGAGGAAGAGGCGGCAUGAGGGGACGCGGCGGCCCACCCAGGGGAAGAGGAAUGCCCCCUCGAGGCGCAGCUCGCGGCGCUAGAGGAGCAGUGAGGGGCACCCCGACACCCCGCGGAGGGCCCCCAACUGCUGCCGCCACCACCAGGGGAGCUGCCGCGCCCCGCGGUGCCAGGCUGUCUGGCAGCGGACCCCCUCAGAGAAUGCUGCCCCAUCAGCACACUCCUGCAGCUGUCGCAGAGACCUACCAGGAAUAUGCCUACGACGAAAGCUACGCUGACACCACCUACCAGUCAUACGACAGCUAUUACAGCCAGCCACAGACAGAGGCGGAAUAUUACGAUUAUGGACAUGGAGAGUCAGCAGAGUCAUAUGAAAACUUUACCCAGGAUGACUGGAACGGCACCCAGCGAACCGCUCCGGGCAAAUCCGCGCCGGCGGCCAGAGGUGCCGCCAAAACCACCUACAGGCAACACCCGUACCAACAGUACUGAAGUGGACCCGCCCUCCCCCUUACAGGGUUGCCCUGACGAGCGCCUGUCGACAUCGGCAGCCCUCGCUUUAAGCAGCCCAACACAAGUAAUUGUCCGUUUUGGCUUUGGUUCCCUUUUGUUUGUUUUGCUUUUUUCCCCUCUCAAUUUGAAUUUUUACAGUCUUGGGGAUUGGAAAUAAGUUUUUUUGGUAAGACUUGGCGACCCACUGCAUCCCCCUAAAACACAUAACCUACUCAACCAAAGCAAUUUCGAGAGUUUUUUCUGCUUUGUUUCCCUUCCCCCCCAAUCCCACGCCCUCUUUUUUACAAUUGUUUUUUUUUCCUUAAUGUUUUGUAAUAGUAAUUUCCAGUUGAAGUAAUGGCUCACUCUCCAGCUGUCUUAAAGAAUACAUUUUAGUUGUGUUUUAUAAAUAAAGAAUCUGUCAAGGUUCAGUUGCAGAUUCCCAUUUAGGCUACAUUUCAAAAUUCUGUUAAUAUAGUCCAAUAAAAAGACCUUUUUUUUAAAAAGCUGUAAUGUAGAAACGAAGAAAAAAGUCUAAAAUCCAGUAAAUUAAAGUUAAUAGAAAUCAAUUCGUUCUUUGUGGUGUUUUGUUUUAAAUAGUUCUAAAACAUUCUUCGUUAAGACUCUAGGCUGCAAUAUUUGUCAUUGUCCUUUUCGAGUUUUGAAAUAUAGCCCUAAAAAGACACUGUUGAGAUGGCCUGUCCUCAUAUCCUCCUAUUUGACUUACAUGUAAACAAAGAAAGAAAGAAGACCCAAAAAAAAUAAAAUGGCCUCCUGUUAUGCUAACAAAACAGUUCAGGUCUUCCUGAUUGUGAUCUGAUUCUACAUAAACUGCAUGACCCCAAAAAGAGAAGAAGGAUUGGGACACAAAUCUCCACAUGGGUCGUCUCUCUCCAUAGAGAAGGGAUCCUGCAGCUCAAUCCCAACUCUUGUACAUAUUUUAAAAUCUCCUAACUGUACUUACUCUGUACCCUCUCCAUAAAAAAUGCAUUACGCUACUACCUGUGUACGCUUGCCUAAAUAGGUUCCUAAAUCUGUCCAAAAGAUGUUUUGCAGCAGUUUGUCAAUAAAGCUUAGUGGGUUUUUCUAUGAA